UUGACAGAAAGAGCGUUUGACAUUAUUUUAAGUUUUAUUUUUUUUUAUACAGAAUAAAUAAAAAUUUUGCGGUUGAUAAUUAAAAAAAUAGUUCAACUUCUUAUUUUUAAAAUUCCUUAAUACAUUAAUUUCAAAUUUAAAAUUUUAACAUAUAGUUCAACAAUAAUUAUUUGUUUUAAAUUCAAUAAUAUAAUAAUAAUAUUUAAAAAUUCAUUUAAGAAAGAAAACACGAAAACUUGAAGAAGCGAUUCUACAAAAAAAAAAUAGAAUAAAAUAUUCAUUAUCAAGAAAAAAAAAAGAAAAUUACAAACAGAAAAAAAAGUUUUCAUUCAUACAGCCAUUUCAAGUAAUAAAAAUUCCAAUUUUGGAUAAAAAAAAGUGACAAGCGCAAGUGAUAUUUGAUUUGAAACAAAUUCUGUUACCGUGGAUCUACUGCAAAGUUCAAAACUUGGAAAAUAUUUAAACUAAACAAAAAUUUAUAAAUAUAAUAUUAAAACAAAAAAAAUAAGCAUACUAAAGGCCGUUAAAACAGGACAUUGAUUUUGUAUCGUUAUUGAUAAACGUUGGAUAAAAUACAUAACAGUAAAAGAUGGAGUAUUUACAUGAUAUAUAUGAUUGGUACAGAGAUCUAAUUGAUAAUAGGAGUGAUCCUAGAGUCAAAGAUUGGCCAAUGAUGUCUUCACCAUUUCCAACGCUUGCAUUAUGUAUAUUUUACGCUUAUUUUAGUAAAUCGUUAGCACCAAAGUUAAUGGAACAUAGAAAACCAAUGGAUCUUAGAAAAGUUUUAGUCUAUUAUAAUUUAUUCCAAACAGUGUUCAGUGCAUGGAUAUGUUAUGAAUAUUUAAUGAGUGGAUGGUGGGGUCAUUAUAGCUUUAAAUGUCAACCUGUAGAUUAUUCAAAUAACCCAUUAGCAAUGAGGAUGGCUGCAACAUGUUGGUGGUAUUACAUAUCUAAAUUUACAGAAUUUUUCGAUACAUUAUUUUUCCUUUUGCGUAAGAAAAAUGAGCAUGUAUCUACAUUACAUGUUAUACAUCAUGGUUGCAUGCCAUUUUCAGUAUGGAUGGGAAUGAAAUUUGCUCCAGGUGGACAUAGUACAUUCUUUGCUUUGUUGAAUUCAUUUGUACAUAUUGUUAUGUAUUUCUAUUAUAUGAUAGCUGCGAUGGGUCCAAAAUACCAAAAAUAUAUUUGGUGGAAAAAGUAUUUAACUACAUUCCAAAUGGUUCAAUUUGUUGCUAUAUUUACCCACCAAUUACAAUUAUUAUUCAGAGAAUGCGAUUAUCCAAAAGGAUUCGUUGUUUGGAUCAGUUUUCAUGGAAUCAUGUUCCUAUUUCUGUUCUCAGAUUUUUAUAAAGCCAAAUAUACAGAUAAAAAUAAAAAAAAGAAAGAUGAUGAUGAUAAACCAAAAGAGAAGUUAUUAUCAAAUGGCCACACAAAUGUUCAAGCUAAUGGACAUUCAAAUGGCCAUGCAAAUGGACAUGCAAAUGGUCAUGUCAAUGGUCAUGUCAAAGAAAGUGCAACAAGUAGAUAUCUAAAAGCAAUACGUCGUACUGGUCACAUUUUAAGUAAAUUUCAAUUACCUUGUAUGCUUCUAGAUCAAGAAGAAGAAUACUGUCAAGAUGAUUCUGAUAUUGCAAUGUCCAAAACAAAUAGUCACACAAAUGGUCAUGCAAAUGGAUUUGCAACUAAUGGUCAUAUAAUAAAUAAUGGAGGUCAUGAAAAUGGUCAUCUUAAUGGUUAUUCAAAUAGUUUUAGUAGUGAAACUAAUAAUGAAUUACAUCAUAGAUCAAUCAAAUAACAUUUUAUUAAUUAGAUAUCUUUUGUUAAAAAUGUUUUUGUAAUUUUUAGGGAAAAGAGAAAAAAAAGAGAAAUAAAAAAAAAUAAUUAAUUUAAAAUACAUAUACAUACUUAUGUAUUUUGUUCUUACAUUUGUUUAAUGAACAAAUUGAAGAAAAUUUAAAAUCAAACUUCUUAUAUAUUUUUCUACUAUUUUAAGAACAAAAUAAAUUAAAAUACAAGUAAAUUUCUUUGAAAUGACAGUACGAAUAUAAAUUGAAAACUAAGAAAAUUGUUUGGAAUACAAAAGAGUUAAAAAUUGAACUAAUAAUGAGGCAAAAUAAAAAAAUACAACAAGAGGUGUAAUAUUACAAAAAUUAUUAUAUUUGUAAGAAUUUUUAAAAUUAAAAACAAAAUGAAAUAUAUAGGAAAAACAUUCAGCGCAAAAGAAGCAUUCAAAAUUUAUUUUUCAAUUUUUUUUUGCUUUUAUACAUUAAUUAAUGCAAUUAGGCUUGCUUGAAAGUAAGUAAACCGAAAGUCAACUUAAAUUUAAAUUCAAGUAUUAUUACUCGUUUUUUUAAUUGCCAACUACAUUUAAAAAUACAAAAAGCAUUUGUACAUUUCUAAAUAGUUUAUUUUUUAGACUAUAUUAUGUUUUUAGUUAAUUGUAAAAUGUUGACUAGGGACGCUCACAUCUUUAACAUAAUAUAAAAAAUUGCAUGUAUGAAUUUAAUGAAACAAGUUAGCAUUUAAAAUUGUUAUUAUGAUUGUGUAUAAAGGUAGUUUAAUGUAAUUUUUGAAGGAAACAAAUUUUUUAAGUAUUCUAAUCAAGAUUUUUUUUAAUGUGAAGUCUUUGUUUUACAUAUUCUUGUAAAAUAUAAGAUGUUAUAUAAGCUCAAAAAUAACUUGAAAAAUUAAGCACUACUUUUUUUUGGAUUAUUAUUUAACAAUUUAAUAUUAACUUCUUUUUAAAUUACAAUAUAUAUCUUUAUUAAUUUGACUAGAUCUACAAUUUUUUUUAAAUUUAUUUUGCAAUUUUACGAUUAAGAAUAAUAUUCAAAUAUAUCUUUGGUAAAAAUUUGUGUUUAUUGUUUUAAAUGUACGUUUUCGUUUUUUUAAGUUGUAAUCAUUACUAACGCACAUUUGUUUAAUAUUCAAAUUAUUAUGCAGGAAUAAGUUUUUCUUUCAUAACGAAAAUAUUUGAACGAUACAUUUAUUUCAAAUUUAAAAGUUAUACGUAUUACACACACACACCAAAUGUUUAUUUUAAUAACAAAAAAUCAUUUUAUAAUGGAAAAACUUACCAUUUCAUAGAAGAAAAUUUAUAUUAAGUAAGUUAAAUUUUACAAGCUCUUAAAAAGUUUCAAGUAAUCAUAUAUCAUACAAUAAAUAUUUUGUGUAUAAAAAUACUCAAGAUCCAUCAGUCUCAAUAUUAAAUUUUAAUCUGUUGAAAAUGCAAGUUUAUUCUUUAAAAAAAAAAAUUGUUUUUAAAUUAAGAUGAAGAGAAAUCUAGUAGCUUUAUUGAAAUAAACAAACAAUACGUUUCUUUUUAUUUUCAAAAGAAAAUUUUAUAAUUUUUAUUAUCUUAUAUUUUUUAUUUCAUAUAUGUAAUAUAUUUUUGAAGAAAUAUUAUUUCUUGUUUUGCAUCUUGAUUUAAUUGUAUUUUUGUUAUUUAGGGAAAAAGCUAUUUUAUAAAAUUUUAAUAAUAAUAUUAUAACUUAUAUGAACAAAUUAAUUACUACUAAAAUACUUAAAAAGUUGUCAUUGUUGUAGUAUAGUUGAAAAAUUAAACUAAAACUAUAAUAUUAAAAAAUAUAAAAGAAAAAAAGAAUCAAAAAAAUCAGCUUACCUUAUUUUUUGAGCAAUGUGUUUUUUGCUCUAGAAUUUCUUGCUUUCCUUAGAAAUUUUAUCUAAUAUGUAAGUCCAUAACUUGAUUACUAAAAAUAUAAAAUAAGAUUUCUGUUUUAAAGUUUAUUUUUUUUUAAAUGUUCAUAUUAUAUAAAGGUUCAAAAAUUGUUAGAAAAAAUAAAGAUUUGUAAAUAAUAUGAAAAUUUAAAUUUAAAAAAGCAAAAUAAGGUUUUAAAAAUAACAAAUUAUACAAUGCCUUUAAGUCGAAUUAAAAAUUGCUGUUACUGUAAAACCUAUGUUGAUAUUUUAUAAGUGUAAUUAUAAUAAAAACAUAUACACAAUGAAAUAAACAAAAAAAAAAUUAAUAUGAAAACUAGUAGAAAAGAGAAAAUGAUAAAAUUUAAAUUCUUGUAUUUUAGUUGGGUAGAUUUAAGAUUUAAAUAAUAAGAAAUAAAAAUAUAAAAUAUUUAUUAACAAUAAAUUAAAAACUUGGAUUUUUUAAUUAUAAAACUUCGUUCACUAAAAAUAUUAGAAUUGAAAAAUAAGGAAAAACAAAAAAAUGGUAAAAUAUUUUUAGAUGUACAGAUAAUAAAAUAUUUUUAAAUUGGUGACAAAUUUCCAAAAAAAAUUAAUUAGAGGAAAAUAAAAGCUCUAAAAUUCUACCAAUAUGAAAACGGCAAUAUAAACUUGUACAAUAUUGCAUACUUGUUAAAUUAUUGUGCUCAUAAAAUAACCUAUUAAUAUUUAGCAUUUAAAUUAUUUCAAUAAUUUGAAACAUAUUUAGUUAUUUUACAUUAAACAUUAAAAUAUAAAUUUUUUAAAACAGUCCUUUUACUAUACUUUUACAAACUUGAAAGUUUUAAAAUAUUUUGAAUAAAUGAUCAACAAUUCAAUUGAUUUUACUGGGAUUUUUUGAAAAUCUUUAAUUAUUUUACAAUAAAAUAUUGAAUUAUUUGAUUACAACAAAUUUUUAAAAGCUCAAUAGUAAAAAAUUUCAACUAGAAAGAAAGUGAAAUAGAUAACUAAUUAAAAAUUUUUUCUCCAAAUCAAUUUUAUUUAAAACAUCCUUGAUAACAUCGUAAUCUAUAGAUAAAUAACAAUAUUUUAAUGAUAAUGAAUAGAAAAAUUGGAUAUUUGUCAACAAAUUUACAAAUGAGUUGUCUUAAUUUUUGGAAGCAAAGCAUGGCCGGUUUAUACAUUUAUGCUUUAUUUGCUUCAAUUUAAACACUAUUAACUGGAACAAUUAAAGUAAAUUUAUCUGUUUUUAUUCCAUUUAAAUUGAAUCAAACGUUUUGAAAACCAUUUGUUUUGUUGAUUUCAUUUUUAUCACAAAUUAUUAUGAAAAUAUGUAUGUUUAUUUUCGAUUUUAUUCUAAUAAAAAGAUGUUUUUAAAAUAUGUACAAACUUGGAAAUAAACAUUCUAUUCACGCUUGAUUCCUAUUAAUAAGUUUUGUAGAGUUAAUUUAUUAUUUUCAAAAGGUCAUGUAUAAUUAAUUA